AAGAUGCAGCCACUUUUGCUCCUGUUGACCUUUAUUCUACUCCAAGGAGAUGAGGCAGGAAAGAUCAUUGGAGGCCGAGAAGCCAAACCAAAUUCGUACCCCUACAUGGCAUUUCUUCUGAUCCAGAGUCCAGAAGGGCUGAGUGCUUGUGGAGGGUUUCUAGUGCGAGAAGACUUUGUCCUAACAGCAGGUCAUUGCUUGGGAAGCUCCAUAAAUGUUACCCUAGGGGCCCACAACAUCCAAAGGCGAGAAAAGACCCAGCAACACAUCACUGUGCUCAGAGCCAUCCGCCAUCCUGAUUACAAUCCACAGACCAUUAGGAAUGACAUCAUGCUACUGCAGCUGAGGAGCAGAGCCCGGAGGAGUAGAGCAGUGAAGCCAGUGGCUCUGCCUCAGGCCAGCAGGAAACUGCAGCCAGGGGAUGUGUGCACAGUGGCUGGCUGGGGCCAGGUGAGCCAGGGAAGGAGAACAAAUGUACUCCAGGAGGUGCAGCUAAGAAUCCAGAUGGACCAAAAGUGCUCCAAUCGCUUCCAAUUCUACAACAGCCAGACUCAGAUCUGUGUGGGAAACCCAAGAGAGAGGAAGUCUGCCUUCAGGGGGGAUUCUGGUGGUCCUCUGGUAUGUAGCAAUGUGGCCCAGGGCAUUGUCUCCUAUGGAAGCAACAAUGGGAACCCUCCAGCUGUAUUCACCAAGAUCCAGAGCUUCAUGCCCUGGAUCAAAAGAACAAUGAGACGUCUUGCUCCAUGA